CGGCGUGCAGGCAAAUGUUUAUUAUAUGAGUUGGAGAGUGAAUUAGCGCACUGGAGUUGCCGACGGAUGCCAAACUUUACCUUUGCUACUGUAUGUUGUUCUUCUAUAUAAAACUUUACUGAAGAGAAUGAGAAGAUUGAAGAUGAUCUGGUAAAGUACAUUAUUUACCAACUGAAUGUAUUUACCUUAUGAAAAAAUAGAAAGAGGAAUUGUUUUAUGCGCACUCUAUGUGGAAAAUGUUUGGUAUGGAAAAGUCUUGAGAUUCACACGAGGAUCCAAACUGGAGAGAAACCGUACACAUACUCAGUGUGGGAAGAGUUUUGGAUCCUCAGAUCCACAGUGGAGAGAAAACACACACACGUGAUCAAUGUGGCAAAACAUUUUUGAGGGCUUUACAGCUGAAGACACAUCUUAGGGCUCAUACAAAAGAGAAGCCUCUUUCAUGUUCUGUGUGUGAAAUAAGUUUUGAAAUGCAGUCAAGUUUAGUAAAACAUAAGAAGAUCCACAGUGGUGAGAAAAAGUAUAUGUGCUUGGAUUGUGAGAAGACUUUUACUAGAGCUGAUCAUUUGAAAAGGCACCAGACUGUGCACACCAGAGAGAAACCUUACCAGUGUUCACACUGCGACAAGAGAUUCUGUCAGUUAUCAAUUCUGAAAAGACAUGAGAGCAUUCACACUGGAGAGAAACCUUACAAGUGUUCACACUGCGACAAGAGAUUCUGUUAUGUAAGAUGCCUGGAAACACAUGAGAGGAUUCACACUAGAGAGAAACCUUACAAGUGUUCACACUGCGACAAGAGAUUCAGUCAGUUAUCAAUUCUGAAAAGACAUGAGAGGAUUCACACCGGAGAGAAACCUUACAAGUGUUCACACUGCGACAAGAGAUUCAGUCAUUUAUCAGUCCUGAAAAUACAUGAGAGGAUUCACACUGGAGAGAAACCGUUCAAUUGUUCACACUGUGACAAGAGAUUCAGUCAGUUAUCAACUCUGAAAGUACAUGAGAGGAUUCACACUGGAGAGAAGCCCUACAAGUGUUCACACUGCGACAAGAGAUUCAAUCGGCUAGGAAACUUGAAUUUACAUAAGAGGAUUCACACUGGAGAGAAACCAUACACAUGUACUCAGUGUGGGAAGAAUUUCAGAGGAUUAUCAAGUCUUAAUCAACACAUGAAGCUCCACAGUGGAGAGAAAACACACAAAUGUGAUCAAUGCGGUAAACCAUUUUUGACAGCUACAGAUCUGAAGGUCCAUCAGAGGAUUCACACUGGAGAGAAACCGUACACAUGUACUCAGUGUGGAAAGAGCUUCACACAAUCAUCAUCCCUUACUCAACACAUGAUUAUUCACACUGGAGAGAAACCGUACACAUGUGCUAAGUGUGGGAGGAGUUUCGGAUACUCAUCAAGCCUUCAUCAGCACAUGUUGAUCCACACUGGAAAGAAAACACACAAAUGUGAUCAAUGCGGUAAAACAUUUUUGAAAGCUGCAAAUCUGAAGGCUCAUCUUAGAGUUCAUACGAAGGAGAAGCCUUAUUCAUGUUCUGUGUGUGGAAAGAGUUUUUCAAGGCAGUCAUAUUUAAGAGUACAUCAGAAGAUUCACACUGGUGUGAAAGAGUAUAUGUGCUUUGAGUGUGAGAAGACUUUUAUUAGUGCUCAACAUUUGAAACUGCACCAGAGGAUUCACACUGGAGAGAAACCUUACAAGUGUUCACACUGCGACAAGAGAUUCAGUCAGUUAGGAAAUCUUAAAAAACAUGAGCGGAUUCACACUGGAGAGAAACCGUACACAUGUACUCAGUGUGGGAAGAAUUUCAGAGGGUCAUCAAGUUUUAAUAAACACAUUUUGAUCCACACUGGAGAAAAAUCACACAAAUGUGAUCAAUGCAGCAAAACAUUUUUAAGAGCCACAUAUCUGAAGAUCCAUCUUAGAGCUCAUACAAAGGAGAAGCCUUAUUCAUGUUCUGUGUGUGGAAAAAGUUUUUCAACACAGUUAAGUUUAAGAAAACAUCAGAAGAUUCACACUGGAGAGAAACCUUUCAAGUGUUCACACUGUGACAAGAGAUUCAAUCAGCUACAUAUCCGGAAAAAAAACAUGAGAGGAUUCACACGAGAGAAACCGUGAUCAGCAUCUAAAGAGUUACACUCAUUUGUUGCAGUUGAUAGGACUCAUGAAACUGGACAAAAGCAGAAUGUUUGGUGUUAAUGUAGCGAGGGGCAGGGGGUCUAUCCGUUUAUAUUGAGUGUUUGAUUCAUUUAUCAAUAGUUUCUUUUAUUUGAUGUUGAACUUGUUCCAUGACUACUGAAUUUACCUAAUUGGUUGAAAAAACAAAUGUAUAUG